AUGAUAAUAUUGAUUCUAUUAUCGAUAGUCUAUUUAGGCUCAACUUUAGAGUCUUGUUCUGUCAAAGAGGAAUAAAUAAAAGCAUUUUUUUCUACUUAAGAAACCUUUGAAUGGAACUUAAAAGACAUCUUUUCCGGAUCUUACUUGGAUUACACUUUAUCAGCAAAGCAAUCCUACUUUUCUUUGAAAAAACCUCUACAUCAAGAAUAUGCACCUAAAUUAUUAAUUGAAGGUAUGAUCAGUAUUUAGUCUAGGAAUAUCAAAAAUUAUUGCCAUUUAAGCAUGGACAGAAUAAAGCUAAAAUGUUUGGCUAAAUCAUUUUGCUUUUAUAGAGAAAAGUUUUAACUAAUUGUCAUUAUAUUAUUCUGAAGGGUACAUUUUUGUGAUUUUAAAUUAGAUUAUAAGGAGAUUUUAGGCCACCAUAUUUUAACAAGAAAAUAAUGUUUUCUUUGAAUUCAGAUAUUUAAUGUUUAAAUUUAGAAUAUAUAAAUGGAACUUCAUUUUUAGCUGAUUGCUAUAAUGGAAUGUAUAAUCCAAUUAAAAAUUAUUUCUUUAUUAUUGACAAAUCAGGUGCUGUAAGAAAUAUGAGUAAUUAAAAUAAUGAUGUGUAAAAUAUAAUCACAAAAAGAAUUACUAGAAUUAUAAACUUUGUUGAUAAUAAGAAUAAUCAAAUGCAAUUACUUUUUAGAUCAACUCCAGCUUAUGCUACUGGUUCAGAAUUAAAAUAUAAUUCAAUAAUUGAAAUUUUUGAUGCAUCAUCAUUACUAUUAUUUGAUACAAUAAAUAGAUUCGUUAUAGGAACAUUAUUAGAAGUUGAUGAUCCUUAUGAAUAUAAAUUUAGUUUGAUUGAUUUUGAAUUGUUUGCAGAUGGUAAACUUUAUAUUCUAACUGCAUUUGAUGGCAUUAUAAUACUAUAAUUGGAUUAGUGGUUUGGAUUAACUUUAAUAGGUAGGAUAGAAUUAUUAAAUGAUCCAAGAGAGUUUAAUGUUGGUCAUUUUAUAUCUUCUGAUGGAUCUAUAUAAGAAGUAAUUGGAGUUUUAUUUACUAAUAUGUAGGCUGAAAUAUAUUAAAACAGAAUAUUUUAGUCUUCAUAUUAAUUAGACUUUACUCCAAUUUAUACUACUUUAUUGAAAAUAUCAUAAGAAUUAUUAAUAAUAUAAAAUAAAGGAAAAACAUAUUUAAUUAAUAUUUAAACUUAAGAUUUAAUUCACAAGGAAGUGCUUGAAGGAAUUUAAGGUCUAUUAAUAAAUUAAUACUUAUAAGAACUAAUUUAUAUAACAUAAAUUGAUGCCAGAAGAUUCACUUUAUCAAGUGGAAAAUUAAGAUUUUUAUCUGGAGAUUUAACUGCAUCUAAAUCAAUAUUAACUAUUACAGCAUAAGAUUAAUUAAAUAACUCAUGUUAUGCAACUAUUGUAUACGAAUUUAUAAUUCAUCAGAUUCAAAAUUAUACCCUUUAUCAGAUUUAGAAUUCCCUGAUGUAUAUUAGGAUUAUCCAUAAAUAACUUCUUUUUAAAUUCCAGUAUCUGGCCCAAACAUUUAAUUUAAUCAUUCUUCUCAAUUUAUUUCUGAUGUUGAUGUUGGAGCCCAAAAUUCAAUAAUUUUAAAUAUAAAGUCAGGUGGUAGCAUUAUUGCAGAAUCAAUAUAUUCAAAAAUUCCAUCUGCUAAAUCCUCGCAAUUCGUCAAAUUAAUUAGUUUAGAUGAUGAUGACACAAGAAUAGCAAUCAUCUUUUAAGAGGCAGUAACUAAAAAUAUUUUAACUUACAUCUGUUCAACUGAUGAAUAUAAUGAUGGAUAUGUAAAUUUAUAAUGUAUCAAUUAUAUGAAAUUUUCAAUUACUAUUGAUUUAGAUAACUCAAAUUUCUAAUGUUACUUUUAAGAAGAAAAUUUAUAUGUUUUGAUAGUUGAAGAUAAUUAUACUGUUGUAAUGUAUUCAAUUUCAUAGAGUGAUAUUUAAUAUUAAUAACAAUUUGCAUAUUAUCCAGCUAUAUAAAUGUUUAUAAAAUCUAUCAAUGUUGUUUCAAAUAGAUUAUAUGUUGUUAUUAAUAAUUAAUAAUUGGAUAUCUGGAAUGUUAAAAAUAAAUAAUAUUAUUCUAUAACUGAAGCUUAAUUAAGAGCAUUAGGAUUCAUUGGAAGUUGGAAGAUUUAGAAAAUUGUAGGAAAUUCUAGAUAUCAUCCAAGCAUAUUAUUCAUUAUUAAUAAUGAUAAUAUCAUUAUUGCAGAUUAUCACAAUGAACUGACAAUUGCUAAGGUAUUAAGCUAUAAAGAAUCUGUUAUAGAUGUAGCUAUAGGUAAGGAUUCAUUCUUUGUAGUAAUUCAUACCAUUUCAAAAACUUAAAUAUUAGAAUAUGAUUUUUCAAAUUAUUGUAAUAUCUUUUAAAUGAAAGAACUACCUCUUUAUAAAUACAAAAUACAAAAUUCUUUGACAAUGACAGCAAAUGAAGAUUCUGGCAUCUUAUACAUUGCAGCAUACGAUCCAGACAAUGAAGAUUUAUCAGUCAUUUUGGUUUACAAACCUAGAUAGCCUUUAAGAGAUUCUUUAGUAAGAGUUUUGACUCCAAAGAGAUAGACAUUUUAUAUUUUUGAUACUUAAAUAGCUGCUGCUGGAUUUAAACAGUUUAUUUUUUAUUAGAAUGAUGGAGUUAAUCAUAAUAUGGGAUGGAUUGACAAGAUUUCUUAUUAUUAGAUUGUCCCUACUUAUUAAACGAAUUAAUGGGUGAAUAAAUUCAGAUUAAAUUUAACAAUGUGGAAUCUUAAAUUUAAUCCAAGUGUAACAUUAAGUUAAGCUAUUGUUUUAUAUCAAACUAAAACUUAAAUCAAAAUUUAUAAUAAUACUCAAGAUGUUUUAAUUGAUAAAUGGAAAAACUCUGAAAUUCCUAUAAAUAUGACAGGAACAAUAGUAGACUAUUUAAUUAAAUGUUAAUAAUGUGGUUAUCGUAAAAAUAUUGACUUAGUAUAACCAUUAAGAUUAUAUGGUUAAGAAUCAGGAGAUUUAUUAAAUGUAGUAGAUUAAUUUGUACUAUAAGGCUAAACAAAUUCAGAUUAUAGAUUAGUUUUAAUAUCUAUAAAUAAUAUUUAAGCAAUUAAGGUAUACAAUGCGGAUAAUUAAUUUGUAAAAGAUAUUAUUAUAAGCCAAAGUCCUAACAUUACUUGUUAAAGACUAUAAAUGAAUUGGAUUUAUAUUUUAGUAACUUGUGUGGUUAAUCUCUAAUACUAAAUAGCAACUAUUUAAUGUACAAGUUAUUAUACAUGUGGAGAUUAAAUUACAUUUUCACCUUUGUAAUAAAAUAUUAGUUACAUUCCAUAAUUCUAUUUUGAUGAAUAUAAUCUUGUUUUUAUUAAUACAUUUGCGCUAAAUGCCAAAAACAAUGACACUGAAAUACAUUGGUAUACAAUUACUUUUAAUAAUGCAACUUAUGUAUCAACUUUCGCUUUUUAAAAAAAAAUAAGUUCUGUUUAAUAAUAUAAUGAACAUUUUGUUAAAGUCCUUGUACAUACCUUAUAUGGUGGAGGCGGAUAUAGAUACCUAUUAGUAUUAACAGCAGAAGGAAAGUUUAGAAUUUACUAUUAUGAGCUAAGCUUAUUGUCUACUUUUGUAUUAUCUGAUAUGAUAAUUCAAAGUGGAGGGGAAAUAAAUAAUCAACAAUUUAUUGAUUUUAUUUUCGUUUAAAAUCCAACAUAUUCAAGCUAUAUAGCUACUAUUGAUUUAUUGUUUUCAACUUAAUCUUUGAAUUAUAAGUUUUAAUUGAUUUACGAUUCAUACAAUGGAAAGGUUACAUCAUUUAAAUAUGAUUAUGCUUUAAGUAGAUAUUUGAAUGCCUAAAUCUUGCCAGGAUUAUUUAUUGAUCCUUAGCUAUUAUAAGCUGCAAUCCCAUAUAGAUAUCAAAAUUAAUUAGUCAUUUCCGUAUAUUAGCUACCUAGUAAUUCUGUAAGUGAUUAAAGAAUAGUCUAUUCUUAUGGUGGAGUAUCUUAAUAUCAUGAUUUUAGUAAUCCAAACAAAGUAGCCUUUUCAAUAUAUAAAAAGGUAUUUUUAAAAUAUACAAUUUAGGUUCUUGUUGUUGGUUUAACUUAAAACUAUUUAGAAAAAUAGUUUACAUUAAGUUUUUAUUAAGUUGACUUAAGGUAUAUCAUGUAAGUUGAUGAUCAAAAUGGAAAACUAUAUGAAUAAGAAGUGGCUUUAGAAAUGUCAAAUGAUCUUUGUUCUGACUCCCUUUUAUUCAACAUUUAAAUUAUUUCAAAUGAAUUUUAAGAUUAAGAAAAUAAUCUUAAUUCAAAUGAAACAAAAAAGAGAAUUUAAUGA